CCAGGCGAGGGCACGUGGAGGUGCCUCGGAUUCGGCGCGGGCUGGCGGGGCGGCGCCCCUCCGGCGUGUAGCGGCCGGAUCUGGUCGAACCUGGCCAGAUCCGUGGUGUGUUUGACGCGCGCCGGCCCUGCGCGCUGGUCCUAUGAUGCUGGAGCAGGCGGCUCCGGCCGUGAUAGAUGCGGGAUGCAGGGACUAAUCUGGUCACUGUAGGCUCGCCGUGGGCGGGGUGGACCACGACUCCAUGGCUUCUACGACUAGGUUCUGCGGCGGUGGCGGUGCGAGACUGCAUGGACGAGCUUCUGUGGGCACGAGCGAAGGUGUGCGGCGAUACAGACGAAAGUCCUGCACGACCAGAGGCCGGUGGCGAUGGCGCCUGUGGGUGUCAUUUUCCUCCUUGAAGGCGUCACCUGAGGUGUGUUGGCAUCUUUCUCGUGCUCGGAUGGUGGUUUGUCACCGGGCGAAAUCCUAGGUCCGGUGUUGGAUCGGCGUGAUGGCGGCGUGUUUGACGUCGUUCUUCUGUUGGGAGCAUCACGUUUGAAGACACUUCCUGAAAGCUCUUUGCGGCGCUCCUCCGGUGCUCGCCGCUAUUCAAGGUGAAGCUCCAGGCGCAAUGUACGACAUCUUCGAUGAGUCCAAGAUGAAGCUCUUCCUGGGAUCGACCAAGUCCCGCCAUCUACCCCUGCUUCCUGGAUGGAUGGUGCGUUGUUGAGGGAAGUUGUAGUGGGAGCUGCUGCUGUCUUCGAAGGUUAUUGACUCUGGUCAGAGUUAUAGUGGUUAUUCUAUUCUUCACAUGGCGCAUGAGGCACCGGGACUCGGACGCGAUGUGGCUGUGGUGGAUCUCGGUCGUGGGCGACCUCUGGUUCGGAGUGACCUGGCUGCUCAACCAGAUCACCAAGCUCAGGCCCAGAAAAUGCGUCCCGAGCAUCUCCGUCCUCAGAGACCAUCUCGACCAGCCCGACGGCGGCUCCGACCUCCCCCUCCUGGACGUGUUCAUCAACACGGUCGACCCGGUGGACGAGCCAAUGCUCUACACCAUGAACUCCAUCCUCUCCAUCCUGGCCACCGACUACCCGGUCGAGAAGUACGCCACCUACUUCUCCGACGACGGCGGGUCGCUGGUGCACUACGAGGGCCUGCAGCUGGCGGCGGAGUUCGCCGCGUCGUGGGUGCCGUUCUGCCGGAAGCACUGCGUCGAGCCCCGGGCCCCGGAGAGCUACUUCUGGGCCAAGAUGCGCGGGGAGUAUGCGGGCAGCGCGCCCAAGGAGUUCCUUGACGACCAUCGGAGGAUGCGUGCGGCGUACGAGGAGUUCAAGGCGAGGCUGGACGGGCUUUCUGCUGCCAUCGAGCAGCGGUCGGAGGCGUGCAACCGUGCCAACGGGAAAGACAAAGAGGAGUGUGCAAAUGCUACCUGGAUGGCUGAUGGGUCCACGCAAUGGCAGGGGACAUGGAUCAAGCCGGCAAAGGGCCACAGGAAAGGACACCACCCUGCAAUUCUUCAGGUUAUGCUGGAUCAACCGAGCAAGGAUCCUGAGCUGGGCAUGGCGGCGAGCUCCGACCACCCCCUGGACUUCAGCGCCGUGGACGCGCGCCUCCCGAUGCUGGUCUACAUCGCCCGGGAGAAGCGGCCGGGCUACGACCACCAGAAGAAGGCGGGCGCCAUGAACGUGCAGCUGCGCGUCUCCGCGCUGCUCUCCAACGCGCCUUUCAUCAUCAACUUCGACGGCGACCACUACGUCAACAACUCGCAGGCCUUCCGCGCCGCCAUCUGCUUCAUGCUCGACCCGCGCGACGGCGCCGACACCGCCUUCGUCCAGUUCCCGCAGCGCUUCGACGACGUCGACCCCACCGACCGCUACUGCAACCACAACCGCAUGUUCUUCGACGCCACCCUGCUCGGCCUCAACGGCAUCCAGGGCCCCUCCUUCGUCGGCACCGGCUGCAUGUUCCGCCGCGUCGCGCUCUACAGCGCCGACCCUCCCCGGUGGCGCCCCGACGACGCCAAGGAGGCCAAGGCCUCGCGCUACAGGCCCAACAUGUUCGGCAAAUCCACGUCCUUCAUCAACUCGAUGCCGGCGGCCGCCAACCAAGAGCGGUCCGUCCCUUCACCAGCGACCGUCGGCGAGGCGGAGCUCGCCGACGCCAUGACGUGCGCCUACGAGGACGGCACCGAGUGGGGCAACGACGUCGGGUGGGUGUACAACAUCGCGACGGAGGACGUGGUGACCGGCUUCCGGCUGCACCGGACGGGGUGGCGCUCCACGUACUGCGCCAUGGAGCCCGACGCGUUCCGCGGCACGGCGCCCAUCAACCUCACGGAGCGGCUCUACCAGAUCCUGCGCUGGUCGGGGGGAUCCCUCGAGAUGUUCUUCUCCCGCUUCUGCCCGCUCCUGGCCGGCCGCCGCCUCCACCCCAUGCAGCGCGUCGCCUACAUCAACAUGACCACCUACCCGGUCUCCACCUUCUUCAUCUGCAUGUACUACUUGUACCCGGUGAUGUGGCUCUUCCAGGGGGAGUUCUACAUCCAGAGGCCGUUCCAGACGUUCGCGCUCUUCGUCGUCGUCAUCAUCGCCACGGUGGAGCUCAUCGGCAUGGUGGAGAUCAGGUGGGCCGGCCUCACGCUGCUCGACUGGGUCCGCAACGAGCAGUUCUACAUCAUCGGCACCACCGGCGUGUACCCGAUGGCCAUGCUGCACAUCCUCCUCAGGUCCCUCGGCAUCAAGGGGGUGUCCUUCAAGCUCACGGCCAAGAAGCUCACAGGCGGCGCGAGGGAGAGGCUCGCGGAGCUCUACGACGUGCAGUGGGUGCCGUUGCUGGUGCCCACUGUGGUGGUGAUGGCCGUGAACGUGGCCGCCAUCGGCGCGGCGGCGGGCAAGGCGAUCGUUGAGCGGUGGUCGGCCGCGCAGGUCGCGGGGGCGGCGAGCGGGCUCGUCUUCAACGUGUGGAUGCUGCUGCUGCUCUACCCGUUCGCGCUCGGGAUAAUGGGGCGCUGGAGCAAGAGGCCAUACAUCCUGUUCAUUGUGCUGGUGACCGCGGUCGCUGCCACCGCGUCCAUGUAUGUCGCGCUCGCCGGCUCCCUGCCGUACUUGCAUUCGGGGAUAAAGCUAGUUUAAAUUUUGUACUCCUAAGUAAUGCUGCAAAGCCUGUAAGAGCUGUGAGUCAAAAUAGUUCAGAUUGCAGCAUGUAAUAAAGUUUACCUUAAAGGUUAUGUUCGUCCACCCUCCUCCUUCAAAAUAAAAAAGUUAGGGUUACUGCC